AUGGCUAGUGCGGUUGUUGAGCAUUGCGUGACUCCAAGCAAAAUCCCCCUUCCCGCCGAUGAUGAAGAAGAAGAAGAAGAGGAGGAUGAGGAAGAAGACUGCCCCGAAAUCCUUGAGGUGGCAACUGCCAUUCAAUUGCUGGAAGAAGGCAAGCAGAAUCUUGCCGAUGGAAAUAUCCCGUCAGCUGUGGAUGCUCUCCAAGACAGCUGCGCGCUGCUUGCCAAGGAGUUUGGGGAGACUGCAAAUCAGUGCGGGGAAGCAUACAUGGUGUAUGGGAAAGCAUUACUUGAACUUGCCAGGAUAGAGAACGGCAUUGUAGGAAAAGCCUUGGAGGGAAUGCCUUUGGAAGAGGCUGGAGUAAGCAAUGAAGAGUGUGGUGAUACGGACAUUGUGGCAGAUGACGUUCAGACGGAGGAGGAGAUGGAGCAGCUUCGUGAAAAGGUUUAUGAUGCCAUGUCGGAGGGGAAGUUGAGCAGUGACGCAGAGGAGGAUGUUGGCUUUAGAGAUGGAGAAACAGAAGUGGUAGGCAUGCAGGUUCAGGAACAAAAAGACUCUGAGGACAAGUCUGCAGCAGAAGACAAAGCUGUAGAGGGUGACCAGAAAGUUGAGGUGGAGAUGGCAGAAUCUGUAGUAACCAAUGCCGUGGCUAAAUCAACUGCUACAAAUGGCAGCUUCUCUGAAGAGAAACCAUAUGGCAGCAACUCUGACGAAAAACCGUCAUGUUCAAGUGGCAGCCUUGAGAAGCCUGCAGCUCCUGAGGAAUCUGUAGUAGCCAAUGCAGUGGACAAACCAACUUGUACAGAUGGCAGCAACUCUGAAGAAAAACCGUCAUGUUCAAGUGGCAGCCUUGAGAAGCCUGCAGCUCCUGAGGAAUCUGUAGUAGCCAAUGCAGUGGACAAACCAACUUGUACAGAUGGCAGCAACUCUGAAGAAAAACCGUCAUGUUCAAGUGGCAGCCUUGAGAAGCCUGCAGCUCCUGAGGAAUCUGUAGUAGCCAAUGCAGUGGACAAACCAACUUGUACAGAUGGCAGCAACUCUGAAGAAAAACCGUCAUGUUCAAGUGGCAGCCUUGAGAAGCCUGCAGCUCUUGAGGAUACACUUGAGGAGCCUGCUGUUCUAAAGAGGCGCAGUGACCCACUAUGUCCAGAUAGCAUGGAGCAUGGAACUGCUCAUUCGAAUGACCUCAAGGAAACAAGUGGGCUAGUGAAUGACGAAGUCGAUAAGAAUCAAGGCCAAGGUGUUAUCUCCAACGGAAAGCAUGAUGCACCUCGGGAGGCCUUGGUGAAAGUUGACUCUAAGCCAACAGCCCAUUCCUCCAUGGAUAUACCCAACGGUCCAAAAAUGGAUUUGGAAGAAGGUGACGAGGCUGAAGUUGAUAUGGCCGAAGAUGUUGCAAAGGACACUAAUGAUGUGGAUGAUUCGCGAGAGGAAGUUUCCCAUAUGCAGCUUGCCUGGGAGAUGCUCGACCUGGCAAGGGUCAUCUGUACAAGGCAACGCAACCGUGAAGCGCAACUCCAUGCUGCAGAGGCUCUUCUCAAGCUAGGUGAACUGGGUCUUGAGAAAGACAACUACCAGCAAGCCACUGAAGAUUUCUUGCAGUGUUUGGCUAUUCAGCAAAAAUACCUGGAGCCAGACAGCCGACACCUGGCCGAAACCCACUACCAGCUGGGUAUUGCCUACUCGCUGGAAAAGAACUACUCUGCAGCUGUCGAGCAUUUUUCCAGCUCUUUGAAGUGCAUCAACAAACGGCUUGCUCUUCUUUCAGAAGGCCUCGAGGAAGUGGAGCCUGCACAGAAGACUCCAGAAGUAGCAUUUGCUUUGGCCGAGGACCAGAAGGAAAUUGCGGCUUUAAAGGAACUGUUACCAGAGAUACAGUCCAAAAUCUUGGACUGUGAGGAACUGCAGGACCAACCAGAAGUCUCAAAAGUCAUUAAGGAAUCCAUGGUUGACUCUACGGAAGAAAUCAAAACAAUUGCAUGCGAGGUGAAGGACAUUUCUCACUUGGUGAAGAAAAAGCCUGCGCAGUGUGGAAAUUCAACUGAAGAAACUAAAGGUGAUGCAGAGGACAUUUCUCACUUGGUGAAAAAGAGGAAACUGGAGGGAGAUGAUGCAGAGAACAACUCUGACACUAAGAAGCCAAAGCAAACUCUAGCAGAAGAUUCUAUAGAUGAUGCAGAGGAGAACUUGUGCCCUAAUAUUCAGCUCGAAGAUGAAUCCCAGGUGAAGGAGACUGCAAUGGAAGUCAUGGUGUAACCUCUGCCAGGAAGAAUUGAGCAGUCUGCUUGCUAUGUUUUUGCAAAUUCUUGUUAAAAGCACUGACCGAGAUGGUGCACUUACUGUUUA